GGACUGUUCACAUGUAAAAUGUAAAAUGUUUUAAAGCGAUUGGAAACAAUUUAUAAAACCAUUUUUGAAUCACAAUCAUAUUUAUUUCCUUGUUUCUAGUUAUUUGAUUGUCUUUCAACAUCGGCUAACCGUAACUAAAUUGUUUAAUUUCGUGUUGGAUAUCAUUUGAUAAUAAACUAAAUAAUAAGUAACAAGAUGAAUCCUCUUCAACUGUUUCUCGCCUUUUGCUUAGCUUAUGGAGUCCAUUCAACUUCAAUACACAUAGGCCACAGACAAGGACAUGGUGGAACCGAAAUAAUCGCCCAGCAUUCAUCUUAUACCAAUUUUGGACCACUUGAACCAUUGAUGCAACCAAUCAGGUCCAUGCUCCAGAAAACAACUGUAAUGGCAUGUGAUCGAACUCGAUUAUGUACUCAUGAGAUAUUGCACAAGUCACCUUUUACCGAAAUAUUGGGACCUUAUCAGUACCAUGAAAGCCACAAGUCAAUCUUUUCGGUAAUGGAGGAUCUUAACCCAGUCCAUGUACUUUCAACUGCCGUGAAAGAUUUCAUUGCUGGAAUAGCCAAAGCUGAAGGUGAUAUCGUGCUUGCGCCUCUCAAACCUUUCAUGGAUUUUGGUAAAAUGUUCAUGGGUUAACAAACCAUUUCAAUAUUCAAUCUAAAUCCAUGUUUUUAGAUCAACAUUCAUUGUUUAUCAUGACAAUUUACCUAAUAACUAGUACAACUUUAAUUGUUCUAGAUAACCAGGAAAUUUCUGGUAAUCUUAAUAAUUGUGACUUCCCAACACUUUUAUGAUCCAACAGCCGAUUUUGAAGAUUUUCAUCUUAUGAUUAAACUAAUUUACGAAGCUAAAA